GCUUGACUCUAGCCCUCUCGGUGAGGACACCUUCCAGUUCUGCGUCGACUGACCCUCUAGUCUAGCGGCCGCGCUAGCAGCAGCCUGGGCCGGAUAGAAUCCCGGUACGUGGACGGCGCAUACUCGGCAUCACCCGCAUCUGCAAGCCUUCCAACCUUUUGAGACCUGACCGCCCGCGACUGCUCGGCUGCUCCUGCUGACGCCGGACAUCGGGUUUUUGAGCCAGCUACUAAGCUAAGGGGCGCCAAAGCCGGGGCGCACCAGGUGGAUGUCGAGUGCUCCUGCUGUUCCAGCUGGCGUCAGACAUAGAGCGGGCGCCGCACCCUCCACAGCUGGCCGGGGGCCGCCGCCAUCUACCCCAGCUAGCAGAGCCCGAAAUGACCAACCGAAGCAGAGGAAGGUGUUUUUGGUCUAUUGGGCAGUCUGCUUCGCGACGGCCAUAACGUGGCUGUUUGCCGUGGCCGCAGCAUCAGACGAUGCGUGGCUACAGUUCGAAGGGUAUCCUUUGCUCAAGCUUGGAGAGCGCUGCGAAUUCUCUGCGUCGUUCUGCGAUUAUUACAAGACGGGGACGGCGUUCCAGUUUUUCGCUGCCAUCGUCAUCAGCGCCACCGUUGUCGUGAUGAUCGUGGCGGCUUUCAAGCCAGCUCCCGCCACGGGAAGGCUUGGGGCAGCAGCCGGGACGAUGCUGCUAGUGUUUUCUGUGCUCCAGCUCGCGGCCUUCUCCAUCAUGGCUGCUUCUGCCGGGAGACUAAAUCGUGACAACGACAACUACUUCCAGAUCAAAGCGGGGCCUACCAUUGGCGUCGCCGUGAUUGCUUGGGUCUUCGGUCUGGCAGGAGGCAGUGCGAUCCUGCUCCUACGCCCUCACGCAACUCCCGGGCAGGACGGACCAUUGAGGAGGUUUUCGCGUCGGGAGGGGGUUCGUAGCGCACCGCGCCCGCGAGCGCCGUCCUCCCCUUCCGGCGUAACAAUCUAA